UUUCAAAACGUGUAUCGUCAGUUUCGGUUUUGUUAGCGCCGAGCGUACAGCGUGUCACAAUAAUAAUGUGUUUGGUAGUUUAGUUAGGUACCUAUCUACUCUAGUUUAAUCUUUAUUGUCUAACAUGUUUGUGCUGCAAAACUGAAUAGUAUUUAUUUUUUUUCCAAUUAUGAUUAAAGAUAGACUGAAAGAGUUACAAGCUUUGAUUAACUAUGUAAAUAUUCAUUUUGACAAGCUGAACAAAAUAUAAUCUUCAACAUUCUAAUUUGUUUUGUGUAUACAGAACACGGUUAAAUAGAUAAUAAAUCUAUACCCGCGAUACAGAGUGCAGGUAAUGGUCGUCCACAAGAGUUGAUUGUGUCGUAGAUAGUAGAAGAUGUAUUUCCAAAUCACGUCCACAGAAUGGAUUCCCGAAAUAACAUAAGAGGAGUGGACAACGUAGCUCUGGACAUGCAAUACUCAGAGUACGGUUACAUGGAACAUUUUUUCGACCAGAUUGAACAGUGUCGGGUAAAAAUAAGACAAAUCAAAGAACACGUAGUGUUGAUGAGGACGUUACACGGAAAGUUACUACUCCUACCCAGGCAAGAUGAAAAUAUGAAACGAGAUAUAGAUACAAAAACUGAAAAUGUAAAAAAAAUGGGUAAACAAGUCAGCACCACAUUGAAAGGUCUAGAGAAACAGAUCAACCAAGAAGAAGAUGAGUCUUCUGGUGACAACGAACAAGUGAGCGCCGCGUUGCGGAUACGAAAAACCCAACAUGCCACCACGAUACACAUGUUGGUCGAAGCCCUGGCCGAAUUCAACGCCGAGCAAAUCAUCUACAAAGAAAAAUGCGAGGAACGCAUGCAGAAAGUCGUGAGCAUAGCGAAAGCCGAAAUAUCCAACGAUCAGUUCGACGAGCUAGUCAGCCAGGGCAACUAUUCGGCCGUGUUCAACGGCAACAUAAUUGCCGAAACGCUGGAAGCCAGGAGCACGCUGCAAGAAGUCCAAGACAGACACUUGGAACUGCUUAAACUGGAAAAGAGCAUACAGGAGCUCCGGGACAUGUUUGUUGAGAUGGCCAUGCUGGUCGAAAAGCAAGGUGACAUAAUUAAUAGUAUAGAACAGCACGUGUUAAGGGCCGGAGAAGCUGCUGAAAAUGCCAAAGUAGAAACCAAAAAAGCAGUCAUAUACACUAGUAAAGCGAGAGUGAAAAAAAUUGUCUUAAUGAUGAUUUGCGCUUGUGUGGUCUUAUGUAUGGUGGCGUGGUUGUACUCGAGUUUUUUUGGAAACGAUGAAACCACCGAAACCUGACAUUUCUAUAACUUAUUUUUGUAUAAUAUAUUUUAACUCUUAGGGAAAAUGCUGUGAUAUUUGUGCAAAUAUAUAUUAUUGUUUAUGUGUAAGUAUAUAUAUAUAUGUAUGUAGAAUGUAGAUAUAUUACAGUAGGUACUGUUAUAUUGACUAAAAUAAUUAUUAGGGAAUUGAAUGUUUUAUUACCUUAUUGACUAUAUGUGUAUGUUUUUUUAAAUUAGGUAUCUUCUUGUCUAUUGUAAUAAUUGGUAUUUUCAAAACGAACCGUUGUUAUAAAAAUAUCAAUAAAUAAACAUUUAUUAUAAAUUAAA